UAUUGCAUGAUGCAAUGAAUGAGCUAGUGUCACGCGUGUCAAUAUGAUUGAAUGUGGUUGGCUUUAAUUUUAGUUUUUAAAAUGUACAAAUUAUAGCUUUUGAUACACCACCAAUUCUCAAAUUAUUGUAGUGCAUUUCUAUGGAUGGAAAACCACAUAUUUACUCUCUGACCUGGAAUUAGCGAGAAAUGCCGCAGCCUAACGAGUUUAUUAUGAAUUUUGAAGAUAUCGCCGAGGUCACUAAAGAAUCUGAGCAGGUUUUAAGACAAUGCUUCUCACAAUUCAGACUGGACGAGGUCUUCUUGUCUUUCAAUGGCGGGAAAGACUGCACGGUCUUAUUAGACCUUACAAUAAACGUAUUAAAGGAUAUUCAUCAAAAAGAUGAUAUCACGAAAGAUCUGAAAGUCAUAUACAUGCGUACUAAGGGUCCUUUUAGAGAAAUCGAGUCUUUUAUAGAAGAAAUUGAAGCGCAUUAUAAAGUUAAAUUGGUUGUGACUGAGGGUGAAAUGAAGACUGCGUUAGAAAAUAUAUUAGAAAGCGACAGGAGAUUGAAAGCUUGCCUUAUGGGAACUAGACGGACUGAUCCAUAUAGUCAGAACUUGAAGUUUAUGCAGAAGACAGAUUCAUCCUGGCCCCAAGUAGUACGAGUAUUUCCAAUUCUCAACUGGAGCUAUCAUCAAAUAUGGAGUUACAUUCUGCAGCGUCACGUUCCAUACUGCAAUUUAUAUGAUAUUGGUUACACAUCAAUUGGUAGCGUUCAAAAUACGUGUCCUAACCCGUCCUUAGCAUACAAUAUUAGCGGACACAUUGCAUACAAGCCGGCGUGGCUACUUGACGAUCCAACAAUGGAACGCGACGGCAGAAUGACAGCUGUCAAAAGCCGGAGUUUGACGGAUGGGGUGGAUGUCAUGAGUGAAUCUGUAAAUGGACACGCUUGCAAAGCAGAUAAAACUGAUUCUAUCAGCAAUGCACUUAACACGGCGUAAAUACUUAAAUUUUAUUAGUUUAUAUUAUAGUGAAAUCUAUGUGAUAAGUUAUUGGAUAUUUUGCUAAAUACACAGUACCUGACUUAAGAAUUUUUCUUUGACAAAUUAUAUAUUUAAAGAAAAUUUGAUUAGGUCGUUAAACCUUGAGAUACUUCCUUAUCUGAAUCGAUAAAGAACCUUUCACUAAUCUGGAUUUGAUUUAUAACUGGACUUUUUCUUCAUAUAAUACUUGGAAGAUUUAAAAGAAAUUCUAGAAGAUUUUGUAGAAGGGUUGCAAACGUUGUCUCCUACCUAAUAGGGAUUUUCUAGACUCUGGAAGUAUAUAUCUUAGUCGAAUUUACUCUGUUAGAGCGUUUCAGAGUAUGACAUCAUCGCAGUGAUUUUAUAGCAGGGUGUAAUCUUAUAUUGAAUGUUGAAUCAGUUUGAUACAAUCUUUAGAAUUAUAUUUUGAAAAAUAAUUUUGAUAAUUACUUUGUUCUUGAGUUAUUUCUAUACACUAUAUACGUAACCUAUGAAAUGCUCUGAUGCUCCAGAUUAUUCGCAUCUCAAGUAUGAAUCUCGCCUUGAGCGCUGUCAAAUGUCAUACAGAAUACAUUGUUUGAAAGCCUUUGAAAAUGAAUAUAGCUUUGAUUUACAUACACGUCUUAAGAGUACGUGUGUCAAACUCAAUUUUGACAUAUGUAACAUUUUGCUUUCAUUUUGACUCUCAAUCCCUUGUAAAAUAUUUAUUAAGUGUAUUCAUUAUUUAAACCAAUUGUGACAUCUCGUCUUAGGUUAUUUAUAAAACGUGAAAUAAAGAUACAGCAUCUGUAACCAUGGUUACUAUGUAUGUAUCUAUGUAACUUCGAAUGAUCCAUGCUUUUUAAAGUCAAUAAAAUAUUGUAGCGAAGUUGGUUAAUGAAUAGACAAUAAAAAAAAAGUUACAUUUCUAAAAUAAAUCCCAGUUUCUAUAAAAGGUCGAAACUUACGUUGUUUGACCUUUAAACCGCGUUAUCAAUGUAGAUAUAGGCGUGUCUUAUCACACAGAUAAGAAAUACUUUCUACGCGUUUGAUGUUUUGUUUUAUCAUUACGUCAAUCUAACUUAAGUCAUUGUAGAUUCAAUACUUGAGACCCGUUUUAAAUAUGAGCGAUUCAAUAAGACAGGCAGGUAUUUUUAAAGGUAUCUUAAACUUGCUCAUAGGCGAAUUGAAAUCUAAUUUUGUCCGAAGUGUCAAAGCACCUUAUCUUAAUCUAAUAGUGCUCAGGACAAGAUUGAGACACGCUUCUAAAUAUGGGCCUUGUGACUCAUUUUGGCAUUAGGUUCUAUAACCCCUUAGGACAGACGGCGUCCACAGUGAGUCUCCAUCAAGUUUGGCAUUGAACCUCGUAUUUCAUCUUUUUAUAAGACUUUCCAGGCUCUCUGUCUCAUCUGCAACUGUGCCAAAUUUGCCUGGAACAGCCAUGCUUCUGCUUGAGAAUAUAAUUGGGAUUCCUUCGCAGUGUUCGGCCUAUCCAUUUCCCUUUGCAUCUCUUAAUCUGCUAGCAAAUCGAGGUUUCUUGGCAGCUUGCCUUGUGCGUUACUUAAUGGUUAUUUAUUUGUUUGUACUCCAAGAUGAAUUGUGCUUAGGGAUCGGAUUUAGGAAGGAAGAUCAAAUCGUGUCAUAUUUGACAGUGCUCAAGACUAUUUACUUAAAACUGUUUGGACUACAAGCCUAAAUGAUAAGUUUUGAGACGAGAUUUAAGUUUGAUAAGCCUUAGAUGACAGGUUUUAGUAUGUAAGAAUACUCGAAAAUUAAUUUUAUUUUGUGUUAUUUAUUUUUGUCACAAUUAAUCAUAGUUUUUAGAUUUUUUAAAAUAGCAGAAAUAGUAAUUAGUCUGUGACUUAGCAAUUGUUCAUACAAAUCUAAUCGAACAAAGAAUAUUACAAUCUUCACAAUACAUGAAAUAUGCUUAAUUUAUUUGACCUAUUGAAUAAAUAGUUAUUGCCACAUAAAACAAAUUUUUGUACUCAUUUAUUUGCUCUCGAAUCUUAGUGUUGUUCUAUGUUUGUGCUUUUAUAAAUUUACGGUCUUUCCUUUCUUAUAUUUUUACUAUUUGAGUAACGAUAUUUACGCCCAAUAUAACAGUAAAACUAAAUUUAAAUGUUUGUUUGUCAAAUUUUGACAGAUAGCCAAAAUAGUCUUUGAAUGCCAAAUGACUAUACGAAAUGUCAUGUCAUGAAUUGUAUAAGUAUUUAAAUAUCCCUACAAAUAAUAAAUUAAAUAAGGACCUAAAUUCCUUCUCAUGCGUAUUUUGUAAAUAUAUUCAUCCUAUAAAUUGUGGAAAUUAAAACAAAAUAACAUAAGGCAGCUUUUAAGCAUAAGACUGCUAUAAAGGUGAAAAAAAACCUAGAAUUUAAAUAUAGGAUGCUUGAUACCAUGUCAAUGGCGCGAAAAGUACGCCACAUUUAAUUUACACUAUUUUAGAGUUAUUUUAUUGUAAGGCUUAGUUAUUACAGUUUGAUAUUUAAUUUUAUCUUAAUUUAUUUAUAUAUAAUUGUUUAAUAUGUAUUCUGUGUUUGUUAAAUAAAAAUUAGUUUACCUUU